CCCAUGCCCAUGCAUAGGAUCCAGUACGGCAAGGUGCUCCAGCUGCAAGUGCCACUGUUGGAGCCACGGCUCUUGCUGUUCGCGGAGGAGGACGGUCGCGUGUUUUUCUUGGUCGGCGGCGUGCUCGACAUCGGCGCGCCUAUCAGUGUGUCGAUCGUCUGCAUCAGAGCAGGGUCGUCCCCACUACCGCACUAUGUGGCCAAGCUAUGGGCGAAUGGCCCGCCGGUGGAGCCCAAAGGCAGGACCGACACCGUCAAGGUGGAAAUGGAGGUGACAAGAAGCAAGGAUCCCGGCGACGUCGCCGUGCACGAGCUGACCUUCUUCACAGUUCCGCCCAAGCUGCUGGCC